AUGGCGGCGACCACGGGCGGUACAGCCAGCCGCAAGGGCCCGGGACCGCCCUGCCCCUUCUCCAUCGAGCACAUCCUGUCCAGCAUGCCCGAGCGCAGCGUCGCUGCCCGAGUCGCCUGGCCACAGCAGCCCGCAGGCAGCCGGAGCCCCGAGGAGCCCAGCGAGCCCGCGGUCCCCGAGGCUGCGCCCUGCGCCUGCUGCUGCUGCUGCGGUGGCCAGCGCGAGGCGCCCCGUCAGAGCCCGGAGGCGGCCAGGCUGGGCGCGCGGCUGCGGUGGCCACUGAGCCUGGGGCCCGGGACUCCCUUGGCCUUGGCCGCGCCCGCUGGAGGCUCGCGGGGGAUGCCCGCAGCCGGCUCGCAGCGGCGCACGCGGAGACACCGCACCAUCUUCAGCGAGGAGCAGCUGCAGGCGCUCGAAGCGCUCUUCGUGCAGAACCAGUACCCCGACGUGGGCACGCGCGAGCGCCUGGCCGGACGCAUCUGCCUGCGCGAAGAGCGCGUGGAGGUCUGGUUCAAGAACCGCCGGGCCAAGUGGAGACACCAGAAGCGGGCAUCAGUGUCUUCCAGGCUCUUACCUGGGACCAAGAAACUUCCCAAGGACAGCUGA